ACGUCAAAACGUCGUCCAAAUCCAAUGGAUGGUCCCUGAAAAAUUAUCUGAUUUGUUGAGUUAAAGCAAACAAAAUUCAACUGAAGACAUAAUCCAUUUUGUCUUAGGUAGCAAAUCUCCAUCAGUGCAUAUUACAACCGUGAGGAAAGCAUGAAGCAACAUUAAAUUAUCGAGGGAGAGCGGGGUCAAAGAAGAGUUUCCACACACGAUAUGGUUGCAAUGUUGUUAUCGAGGUUUGGAUAUCAUUGCCAUUUCGCACCAGUGCGAAAUUUGGCGAGCGCGUGUCGCGGCGUCUUUGGCGGAAAACACCGGAGCAGAUUAGUAAGAAACCAUUGCGCGGUCUCUGCGGAGGGUGCUCGGCAGUUCUCUCGGUACUCGGCCAACACAAUUCUGCCCAGUGACGAAACCAUGAAACUGGACGAGUACGAUAUUUUCGGUUUCGAUUUGGAUAACACUCUGCUGCGUUAUAAUCUAGUGGAAAUCGUGAAUCUCGAGUACAAGGUUCUAGCGGAGUUCCUCGUUAACAAGAAAGGAUACGAUGGCAGGCACUUGCUGAAACCAGUCGACGAUGACCUUGAUUUCGUUCGGCGUGGACUUUUUCUGGACGCCGAGAAGGGAAACGUGCUGCAACUAGGAGCGGAUGGUUAUGUUAUAAAGUGUGCACAUGGUACUAGGUUUUUAUCUGAUUCGGAGAUUGUGGAGCAGUAUGGCCCUCAUAGGGUGUGGGGGUUGGCCCUCAAGUUCAUAAAGGACCCGCUGGAAACAUGGAACGGGCCGAUGUCCAACCAGAUUCGCGCACUCUUGGACUACUUCGAUAUGCCCGCUUCCUUAGUGUUCGCUCGAGCUGUUGACACCAUAGACGAGAUGCACGGAAGUAGCCCAUCAAAGUAUCCAGUUUGGAACGACCUGCUCGACGGCCUCGUCGAGAUCUAUUCACGUGAGCACUUCGCUAACAACCGCAGUCCGUUCUUCAAUGCUAUGAAAGCGGAUCCCGGUCGUUACAUACUCAAAACCAGCCCGGAGGUCAUAAGAUGGUUGAAGGAAUUGAAGAAAACGAAGGCGACUUACGUGGUUACCGGCUCGAAUAUCGACUUCGCGAAUCUCACGGCAUCAGAAGCCUUGGGAGCUGACUGGCGGCAGCUAUUCGACGUCGUCAUUGGUUUCGCCAGAAAGCCUGGAUUUUUCUCCAUGAAACGGCCUUUCUUCGCAGUGGAGGGUAUGACGGAAACACAUCCCAUCGACUCCAAUCAGCUCUCACUGAACAAAACCUUCAGUCAGGGCAACUACGCCGAUCUUGAACGUCUCCUCUGCACGAAAUACGAUAUCACACUUCCACGCAGUAUUUAUGUUGGCGACAAUUUCAUCCAGGAUAUCUACACCCCCUCCGUGCACUCGAACAGCGACACAGUAGCGAUCUCGGAGGAGAUGCUGGGCGAGGGAAUGCAUAAAUCCGAUCUAACUCAUGAAUUCGGUCACAUGAUCACCUCCAAGUGCUGGGGGUCCUUCUUCGGACAGGCGAAGCAUCCAUCGGUGUGGACCACAAUUGCGCAAAAAUUCUCGAAAAUAUGUGCCCCGUCGGUGGACGAGAUAAUCAAAUAUUCAAUGAACCAAGAAAUUGAUUGUUUCACCUGCAGUAACACGAUUUUAAACGGGUUCCACCCGUCCAUUCCACAAUCACUUCAUAAAUCAUAGAAAGCAUUGCUGUUGUGACUGUAGGAAGAGAAGCAAAUUAAGCCUUUGUUUUGGUUGUGCGUUGCACAUUGAGCGAACAAUAAAAACGUUUAAAAUUGAG